AUGGGCCAACUACCUCUCUCUCGAGUUACGCAGGCACGACCGUUCACUCAUACAGGUGUAGACUACGCAGGGCCGCUCACCGUCAAAACGUGGAAAGGAAGAGGUGCCAAAACAACGAAAGGCUGGAUUUGCGUUUUUGUCUGCUUCUCAACCUCAGCAGUACACCUCGAGGCGGUCAGUGACUACUCAACGGAGGGAUUCAUUGCCGCCUAUCGACGCUUCUCAUCCAGACGCGGCAUCGUUCAUACCUUACACUCAGACUGCGGCACCAAUUUCAUCGGCGCGGAUGCAGCUCUCAAAAGGCUGUUUAUCCAGUGCACUCAGGAACAUCAGCGAGUUUCUCACCUGCUCUCGCAAGAUAACACCCGAUGGGAAUUUAAUCCCCCAGCGACACCUCACAUGGGAGGAAAAUGGGAGGCCGUCGUAAAAUCCAUCAAAUAUCAUCUACGGCGGACCAUUGGAGAAAGCGUGCUCACCUUUGAGGAGCUCACCACAUUGCUCACUCAAAUUGAGGCAAUUCUCAACUCGCGACCUCUCGAACCAUUGAGUGACGACGCAGACGACAUCUCAGCACUCACGCCAGGCCACUUCCUCGUAGGAAGUCCGCUCACCGCCAUACCAGAGCCCUCGCUCACCGACAUGGCAAUCUCAAGACUCUCUCGAUGGCAGCUCAUCCAGCAGAAGACACAACAUUUCUGGACACACUGGGCAGCGCAUUACCUACAACGACAACAAGCCAUCUCAAAGUGGCAUCACAGGAACAACGAAAUCAAGGUCGGGUCAUUGGUGCUCAUCACCGACGAGCGGCUACCGCCAUGCAAAUGGCCGUUAGCCCGGAUCACGGCUCUACAUCCUGGGAAGGAUGGGCUCGUGCGGGUGGUGACUCUGAAGACAGCCACUACCACUCUCAUCCGACCAGUGGUCAAGCUCGCCGUCCUGCCAAUAUCAUCAUAA